AUGUCAAUGUUUCAGUGCCUCCAGCACCUGGUGCGCCAUUUUAUUCCACCUCUCCCUUUUCUACCCCAUCACAUCAAGUCUAGCACCCCUGGAACAAGGUGCACUGUCUCUGCCCACGCUAUCUCAGCCGACAUCUUAAACAACAAACAUAAUGCACCAUUACAUGCACCUGCUCAGAGUCCACUGCAUGCACCCCCUCAGAAUGAUCCCCCUCAAGCUUCCUCAUCCCAAGCUUCUCAAAAUCCAACACCUCAAUUGUACGGAAGGAUGGUUGACCUCCUGUAUCAAGAAAAACUCACAUCUUUUCCUGAGAUGUUUACCUUAUCCCCCGUUGGCAAUAGUCCUAGCAAGGCACAGCUCCGCAACCUAGAGAACCAGAAGGUCAGAAUAUUGUGGUGGUUCUCAGAUGAUGAAUGUCCUGAACUCUUCAAAGCAGACUGUGCAACGCAUCCCUAUUUUCAACCAGCCUUAGACUUGGUUCCUUCCCUUUGCAAAGCCUUUCCUGAAGACCCCCAGUUCACCAAAUUCCUCUUGAGGCAUGUAUGUGUUAAGCAAUGUCUUGAUUUUGAGAAAUACAAUACCUCACCUACUGCACGGCGCCUGCGGGAUACCAAUAAUAAGUGA